AUGACAUACAGAGAAAGGGAGUUUUGAUGAAAUGAACAAGCAGCCUGAAAGCUAGUCCAUCCCCGUGGAAACCACGAGUCCCUUGAUGCAGGCAGCUCUUCCUACUUUCCUGUAUGCUUUCUUUUGUGUGACUUUGAGAGGGGCUCGCAAAUGAUUUCUCAGUGUGUGCCUGGCUAAGGCAAGCCAUCUGCCUGGAGAGGGAGUAGCCCAGCCGAGUGGGAGCAGAGGAAGCCAGCAAGGACCUCACAGUACCGCACCGGAGCUGGUUUGACUCUUAUUGCAUGCAGUUUCUGAAGUCAGCAAAAACAGAAAUCAAAUUAGUCUCCUAUUAUGCUGGUGGAAGCUCAAGGAAAAGGGGCACUCUAACUGCUUAAUUAUAACGAGCGAUGGAAUGGAUUACAGAAGAGUGAAGAAUGUCUAACAUGUGGACCCUGAAGAAGAAUGUAAGUUCCUGUUUUCUCAUGCUGCUGUGUUUUAUUGCUGUGUAAUUUUCUUCCUGGCUGGAAGUCAUGCUUGGCCAAAAUGUAAUCAUUUCAAUGAGAAUUUCUAGUGUGGAAAGUUGGCUGCUAAUCUUUGCUUAAGACUUUUUUUUCCCUUUUGUUAACUAAGCAACAUAACACAAGCUGGAAUUCCUGGCAGCAGCUGUGGCAAUUCAGCCCAAGACUGACUGAGCACUAUAGCCCAAAGUACAUCCUAUUUCUAUGGGAUUAACACUGAAUGCAUUUUUAAUUGACUUUCUUAAUAUAGAAUGCACACAGCCCCUCUGUAUUGGGCAGCAUGCUAUUUUAAUACUACUGUGGUUAAACUAGUGUAAUCACCAGAACCAACAGAAUGAGAGAUAGUGGAGAUUCCUGGUAGUUACAAAACUUUUUUUUUAUGACUAGAUCACAGUUUUCUCCCCAAAUUCUCAAAACUCUGCAAUCUCUAUGCUAAAAGUUCAUAUUGCUUUCCUGACCUUACUGGGGAGAAUACAAUGACACCAAAUAGUGGACCGGACUAAAAUUGCAAAGGAAGGAAGUAUAAAGGGCCACUGCACGUCUCUAGCUACUAUUAUAAUAAUGCAAGAAAGAAAGGCAGCAGAAGGACCCCAGCAUGUAACCAGCAUCAGAGUAACAGCGUGUUCAGACUUUAUAAAGAUGGAUGGCCAGCACAGCCUGUAACUUGCUAGUUUUUGUACACUUCAUCUGCUGCACGUCCCAGCUUGGAAAUGGAUAUUCUUUGUGAAGAAAAUACUUCUCUAAGCUCACCUACGAACUCACUAAUGCAAUUAAAUGAUGACACACGGCUCUACAGCAAGGACUUUAAUUCGGGAGGAGAAGUUAACACUUCUGAUGCAUUUAACUGGACCGUGGACUCGGAAAAUCGAACCAACCUUUCCUGUGAGGGCUGUCACUCACCACCAUGCUUCUCCUUACUUCAACUCCAGGAGAAAAACUGGUCUGCCUUGUUGACAACUGUAGUGAUUAUUCUAACCAUUGCUGGGAACAUACUUGUCAUCAUGGCAGUGUCUCUAGAGAAAAAGCUGCAGAAUGCCACCAACUACUUCCUGAUGUCACUUGCCAUAGCUGAUAUGCUGCUGGGUUUCCUUGUCAUGCCCGUGUCCAUGUUAACCAUCCUAUAUGGUUACCGGUGGCCUCUGCCCAGCAAACUCUGUGCUGUCUGGAUUUAUCUGGAUGUGCUCUUCUCCACGGCCUCCAUCAUGCAUCUCUGUGCCAUUUCUCUGGACCGCUAUGUUGCCAUCCAGAACCCCAUACACCACAGCCGAUUCAACUCCAGAACAAAGGCUUUUUUGAAAAUAAUAGCAGUUUGGACCAUAUCAGUAGGUAUAUCCAUGCCAAUACCAGUCUUCGGGCUACAGGAUGACUCCAAGGUCUUUAAAGAAGGGAGUUGUCUACUCGCCGAUGAUAACUUUGUCCUGAUUGGCUCUUUUGUGUCAUUUUUCAUCCCCUUAACUAUCAUGGUGAUCACCUACUUCCUAACUAUCAAGUCACUCCAGAAAGAAGCUACUUUAUGUGUGAGUGAUCCUGGCACACGGGCCAAGCUAUCCUCAUUCAGCUUCCUCCCUCAAAGUUCCCUGUCUUCAGAAAAGCUCUUCCAGAGAUCAAUCCACAGGGAGCCAGGUUCCUACGGCAGGAGGACUAUGCAGUCCAUCAGCAAUGAACAGAAAGCCUGCAAGGUGCUGGGCAUCGUCUUCUUCCUGUUUGUGGUGAUGUGGUGCCCCUUCUUCAUCACGAACAUAAUGGCCGUCAUCUGCAAGGAGUCCUGCAACGAGGAUGUCAUUGGAGCUCUACUGAAUGUGUUUGUUUGGAUUGGAUACCUCUCCUCUGCUGUCAACCCACUGGUAUACACACUGUUCAAUAAGACCUACAGGUCUGCUUUCUCGCGAUAUAUUCAGUGUCAGUACAAGGAAAACAAAAAACCGCUGCAGUUAAUUCUAGUAAACACUAUACCGGCCUUGGCGUACAAGUCCAGUCAACUCCAAGAGGCACCAAAAAAUAAUUCAAAGAAGGAUUCAAAGAUGGCAGAUAAUGACUGCACUAUGGUUACUCUAGGAAAACAAGAUUCAGAGGAUGUUCCUACAGGCAAUAUCAACACAGUGAAUGAAAAGGUUAGCUGUGUGUGAUGGGUUUGUUGUCAUGGCAACCAUGAAGGGCACAUUGAACAAAUCUUCACCGAACUGGGGAUAAAUUUAAAAAAAGGAAAAUAUGGAAAGUGGAAGACAUUAGACCAGUCUAGUGGAACCAACAAUAAUCUAUUUGCCUCAUUUUAUUCUGUCAAUGAAAAGCAGGGUUACGUGCCACAAAAUGUGCACUUCAAAAAUGUUCUGACAGCAUUUCAGCUGUGAGCUUUAUGAUACUUAUUUUUAAUAUUGUAAAUGAUAUGUCUUUAAAAUAGAUUUUAUUGUAUAAUUACAAUGAGGCCAUAAAUAAACCCAAGUUAACUUCUAUUUUCAAAUGGAAACCUUGCUACCAUGUUGUAAAGUGAUGGCAUGAGUUGGUUACCUAUUGGUGUAAAUAAAAAUAGCUAUAAAUAUUGAAAAAAUGGUUGAAUAUGAUGGCCUCUUAGAACAAUUAUGUUUAAAACUUGUGUUACAUAUUUUGAACAACAGCAAGACAUUAAGACCAGUGUUCUGAAAUCUAUAUUACUAAAGUAAUUUAAUGAAAUACUUGACAAAAUUUCCAAUCCUACUUUUAAAUAGAUUCCAUUUUGAAAUAUUCACAACUUGCUAGCAUUGCUGCAUUUCAAGUUAAUUCUAUUCAUAAGUAAAAAAAAAAAGUUUUAAACGUUAUUUAAUAAGUACUGUUGCUUUCUCUUCUAUAACCUGUGCUUUAUUCUCAAUUUCCAAUGUGGACUUGUUUAGUGUUUGUUCUACUGUGGUAAUUAUUAAAAGAGUAAUUUAACAUUGCCAAAUGUAUUUCUAGAAAUUGCUUCUGCUAAAAGCACCAUAGGGGUAUUUGGUAACUUGCUCCUUAAUGACUGCAUCCUGCAUGUGCUCCUCUGAGCAGUAAGCAGUAUAGAUGUAAUUGUGUCCUGAUUGAGAAAGAAACUCAAGAUCUGGCUACUGACAGCAGUAGAGUCAUAGGCUAUCAGUGUAAAAAAAUACAAGUGAUUUUCCUAUUGUCACCCAUCAGAUAAGCUGGCUUUCAGAUCAUAAUCAAGUUCACUUAUGAGACUGUUACACUUUAAUCGUCUGUUGAGUGUUUACUAUUUGUGAAGAAAUAUUUUUCUAGAUACUAGAGACAUAAACAUAAGUAAAACACAAUCUUUACCUUUAAAUAAAAUGACUUGAUUAAAAUUGUCCUUAACAGCAAAUGUUAGAUGACAUUUUAAAAUUUUUAUUUAUUUAUUAGAUAGAGAUAGAGAGAAAUUGAGAAGGGAAGGGAAGAUAGAGAGGGAGAGACAGACACCUGCAGCCCUACCUCACCACUUGUGAAGCUUUCCCCCUGCAGGUGGGGAGGUGACUUUUUUUUAAUAUGAGAGAAAGGGGGAGA